AUGGAAAUGCUCAAAUUCGAGGAUGAGGGCUCUCUGGCUCCUCUAUAUAAUCUCCCAACCUGGCCUGGCUUCUACUCUUCUUUCUUUCCUCCUCAUCACUUCACAUCUCAGAGUCUGCACCCGUACCAGCAGCCUUUUUCUUCUUCAGAGCCAAGUCUUUGGCCUUCAAGCUUCACCUCGAGUCACACCAGUAGCCUUGGCUACUCAGAUAACUUCACACACAACUUCCUCCCGAGUCCAUCACCAUCAAGUCUUUCGAGCGAUUACAGCUGCCCAGACUGCUUUAUACACCACCCACCCCCGAAUCUGCCUCCGCCCAUCCUUCCCUCCGCCAACACCUAUCGCAGUCUUUACCAAGACCAGCCCACCCACAUCAAGGCCGAGCCGUUACCCCUUUUUACACACAACUACCUCUCGCGUCUCCCGCCUCCAAGCCUCCCUUCAAACAACAGCUGCUGCUGUUGCUCCUCCUACUCCUUCACCAACACACAGUUACCAUCUCCCCCCCUCUCCUCCGACCACCGCCAAGACGCAAUGUCUUCCUCCCCCGCCCUCGUCGGUAGCAAGUCCCCUGCUGCUGUAGGUGCGGGCUCUGUCGCCGGCCCCGGCAUAGUCUCCCAGGCUUGGACCCGGUACCAGAAGACCUGCGCGGUCCUCCAUGAGUACGAGGACAUCUCCCCCUCUCUCAUCCUCCGGGUUAUGCAGGUGCCAGUGACCCUCGAGGAGCAGCGAACCUUUGUUCGCCACCUCCGCCAACAGGGCGUCUCGUACGCCGACAUCAAAGACCUCGGAGAGCUGACCACCUCUCUGAGCACCCUCCGCGGCUGGGACCGCAUGAAGAAGCCCCCCUCUGCUCGUCCUCGCGCCCCGCGCUGGACCACCAAAGACAUCAAAAUCAUGCACCGCGCCGUGAACGCAGUGCUCGAGACGAUGGACAUCGGGUCCCCCGGGUUCUGGCGUCGUGUGGAGGAGGAGAUGCCCAAGCUCCAGGCGACGCAUCGCUUCUCUGCCCAGGCCAUCGCGGCCAAGUACGACAACCGAAGUCGGGGUGACAUCGCCCGCCGGAGGGCCAACACCACAGCGCAGUAA